CACGGAGCCGGAUCAAGUGGGCUUACAUUUGCAAAUCUUGCAAGUUGUAUUGUACAAAAAAGUGAUAGCUUACAUUAUUUCACAAAUCCCGGGUUCUUUACGUUUGAUAUGAGGGGGCACGGAAAUACAAACUUGAUCAACAGAAACAAUAAAAAAUUGAAUGCAAUGAACUACGACUUGUCCAUUGAUCAAUUGCAGAAAGACUUCAUAUUUAUCUUUAACCAUUUUGUAAAAAGGUACUUGAAGUCAAAUGCUUCAAUUUUAAAUUCAGGUUUAGCCAAGUGCUCUCUCUUUUUCUUGGGCCAUUCCCUUGGUGGUUCAGUUUUAACAAAAGUUCUUUACAAGUUUUCGAAAAAAACAGAAGAAGUAUCCUCUGAAUUCCAAUUAGAUUUGCAGUAUGCCAAAUUUAUAAAGGGAUUAAUCAUGGUAGAUAUAGUAGAAGAGACAGCUAUACGUGCUUUGGAUUUCAUGGAUGGUUACCUUAAUAGCAUUCCUCAGUCAUUCCAAUCUUUGCAAACUGCCAUAGAUUGGCAUAUAUCUCAUCAAUUGAUUUACAAUAGAAACAGUUGCAGAUAUUCAAUACCUCCAUUACUAACUCAAGCUAAAACAGAACAAUCUGGAUACACAUUUGUAAUUGAUUUGAGGAAAACCGAACAAUAUUGGCACGAGUGGUUUCUUGGUCUCUCGAGUGAAUUCAUAUCAAUUCCAAGCUCGGUUUCCAAACUACUUGUCCUUGCAAACAAUGAUCUUUUGGACAAGAACCUCAUUAUAGGCCAAAUGCAGGGAAAAUAUCAAUUGAUUGUAUUCCGGACGAAUGAUCUAAACCUUGAGAAUAUCAUCCACUUUAUCCAAGAAGACAUACCCAACAAGUUUGCAAUAUCUUUGCUAGAGUUUGUGGAAAGGAAUGACAAC